AAUGGGGCCCGUCAAGUCGUCGAGGGGCCCUCUUCCUUCCUUCUUUUGUCUCAAUCUGGGCGAGAGAAGCUUCCUGGGCGAAAAAACCAAACGAACCCAAAUCCCAGUGAAGCAGUCCCAGGCUCCCAGCUCAACGGUGGUAGCCGCGUCCGGCGGGAAGCUACGUCCGGCAGCCUCCGUAGGUGCAUCGUCUUCUUGUUCGCUGUCGCCAGCAUUUACCCGUGUACAGGAAAAAUGGCUGGAGGGCUAAUUCACCUCUGGAAAGAAUGGGAGAUCCAAAUACUGGUUCUCCUUAGCUUCACACUGCAAGUUUUCCUCCUCGCUUUUGCAAGGAUCCGUCGGCGCAAAGGCUCUGCUUUGUUGAGGAUCCUCCUCUGGCUGGCAUACCUCAUGGCGGACUCAACUGCGAUAUACACUCUUGGCCACCUAUCCCUCCGUGCCAGAUCAGGCGAGAAACAACUCGUCGCAUUCUGGGCACCAUUGCUGCUACUGCACCUCGGUGGCCCGGACACAAUCACUGCCUAUGCCUUCGAGGACAACCAGCUUUGGCUGCGUCACCUUUUAACUCUUGCAGUGCAGGUCAUGGGGGCUGCUUAUGUCUUGUACCAGGCCGUUGCAAGCCAAAGGACCUUGGUCCUACCUUCCCUAUUGAUAUUCGUUACUGGUCUCCUAAAGUAUGGGGAGAGGACAUGGGCGCUCAAAUGUGCUAAUAUAGACAGCAUCAGAAGCUCUCUUGAUGUGUCGGAUGACAGAAAUCGUCGCCAACCUUUCGACGGACGGGUCAGAACAACAGAACUGGAUGCAGAGGAGGUUCUGCUUGGAGCUCACUACAUGUUCAAUGCUUGCAAGAGUCUCUUUGCCGAUGAUUUGAUUACAUCGGGGCCUGAACAAGACGCCAUUGCUCAGGGCAUACAGUUUAAUGGUGGCAAGUACAUGUACGAGUUGAUUGAGAUGCAGCUGUCCUUGAUGUAUGACAUCCUGUACACAAAGGCUGACGUUAUUUACACUUGGUAUGGCUCCUGCAUCCGUGUUAUUUCACCUCUAGCCACUUUGGCCGCGCUCUUGCUGUUUGAACUCAAGAGUAGUUAUGCUUACAAGAGAGUUGAUGUCAUUGUCACUUAUAUUCUGUUGUUGGGGGCCUUUGUCCUGGAGAUCACAUCUUUGGUCAGGGCAAUAGGGUCUUCUUGGACAUGCGCGUUCUUGCAUGCUCGGAAAUGGGAUCGGAUCCAUGGUGCAGUUCUGUGUCUUCGUCGGCUGUUCGGGGCAGCGAGCAGCAGAAGGUGGCUGCACUCUGUUGGGCAGUAUAACUUGUUGGAUUUCUGCACUCGUGAUACGACCGAGCUAAGGAGCAGGAUCACCAAGAAAGUGGGACUGGAGGACUGGUGGAACAAACUCCAUUAUUCAAGCACCACCGGGAUCUCAGACAGCAUCAGGGACUUGCUGCUGGAAGAGAUACCAAGAAGACAACUAGGCGACAUGAGGAACGCGCGGGGCAGGUGGAUACUUCACCGGAGGGGCAUAUACGAUGAUAUCAGAUGGAGCGUCGACGACAUCGACUUCGACCAAAGCAUCCUCAUCUGGCAUGUUGCCACCGAUGUCUACCUCUGCAACCGGCAGCAAGACGCGGAUCGUAUCCAAAAUGCGGAGCGCCUGGUAGCCAAAGCAGUCAAGGAGCUAUCCGACUACAUGUUGUACCUCUACGUUGUCCACCCCUACAUGCUACCGGGCCCUGUCCGCAAGAGCCGGUACGCUAAUAACUGUGAUGAUUUGGUGACACUUUGGAAGGAACACUCAACUCAGUCACCUGACCAAGACAGGGACAGCGAGCUCACACCAAGGGAGAACCUUGCCAGAUAUCUUUACCGUGAGUUCCGUGACGCUUCCGACAACGAUAGCAGUCCUCCAGUCUCCAUUCAAAUGGAAGAAAAAAAUCCCCAUGAUCUCGCUUACAUCGAUGGAGCUGCGCUUGCUGGGACGCUGCUUAGUCCCAACUCGGGCAUACAGGACGUGAUGGAAAUGAUUGCCGGAGUGUGGAUCGAGAUGCUGUGCUACGCUGCUCGCCACUGCAGCGAGGUAUCCCAUGCCAAGCAGCUGAGCAGCGGCGGUGAGCUGGUCACUGCAAUGGAGCUACUGGUGGAAUAUACUGCAAAGUAUGACUUCCAUCCUCAUGAAAUAGAUGACGGUGCGCCAGCCCAGAUUUCUAUGGAGAAUGGCAAUCCUAGCGGAACGGCAGCUGAGGUAUUCAUCGAUCUUGACAACGUCAGUACAGGCGCCGCAGGUGAGAUAGUCGAGGAGCAUGACGCCAUGAAUGGUGCGGCAAAUGAGACCGGCGAGGGUCACCCCGAGGGCAGGCCGAAUGCAUAGGCAUUUGCCGUGAUCUGUGAUUUGAC